CUCUAGAUUUCCUCUCUCUACAAUUGAAAAAAAAAAGAAACACUUUCUCUCUCUUCUUCUUCUUCUUCCUCUUCUUCGUUUUUCCACCUUGAUCUGCAACUUCCACCUUCAUUCUUUUCCUUUUUUCUUUUCCUCUCUUUUCCCCACACCGCUUAUGGAUGGAUUUCGCUCUUGAUUCUUCCACAGGCUGAAAAUGGAGAAAUUGCAGUAAGGACAGGUGGGAUUUCGUGUUGACAUUGGUGUCCUUAUCAUAUACCUUUCAAGAUGAAAAUCGAGUCAAUGAGACGGGGGAGGAUAAGGGAGAGGAUCCGCCGAAGCCAUCUCUAUACGUUCGCUUGCCUCCGGGCAGACAGCGCGCGGGAGGUUGACACGUCAAAUCCUUUAACAGGACCUGGCUUCUCACGAACUGUCUGUUGUAAUCAACCUGAACUCCAUGAGAGAAAGCCAUUGAAAUACUGCUCGAAUUACAUAUCCACGACCAAGUAUAAUGUUCUUUCUUUCGUACCUAAGGCUCUCUUUGAGCAAUUCCGGAGGGUUGCCAAUUUGUACUUUCUUUUGGCUGCAUUGUUAUCGCUCACACCAGUUGCCCCAUUUUCUGCCGUGAGCAUGAUUGCUCCUUUGGUAUUUGUUGUUGGGCUCAGUAUGGCUAAAGAAGCUCUUGAGGACUGGCGUCGAUUUGUGCAGGAUAUGAAGGUUAAUCUCAGGAAAGUGAAUGUCCACAAAGGGGAAGGUGUUUUUGGUUACAGACCAUGGCAUAAGAUUCGAGUAGGAGAUAUAGUGAAAGUAGAGAAGGAUCAGUUCUUUCCAGCCGAUCUGCUUCUCUUGUCAUCGUGCUAUGAGGACGGUAUAUGUUAUGUAGAAACGAUGAAUUUGGAUGGUGAGACUAAUCUCAAAGUGAAGAGAUCUUUGGAAGUAACCUUAUCUUUGGAUGAUGAUGCAACUUUCAAAGAUUUUACUGGAAAAAUUUACUGUGAAGAUCCAAACCCGAAUCUUUACACCUUUGUAGGUAACUUUGAGUAUGAUCGGCAGAUUUAUCCUCUUGAUCCUAGUCAGAUUCUUCUCAGAGAUUCAAAAUUGAGGAAUACAGCUUAUGCCUAUGGGGUUGUGAUAUUUACUGGACAUGAUAGCAAAGUCAUGCAGAAUGCUACAAAAUCUCCUUCGAAAAGAAGUAGAAUAGAGAGAAAAAUGGACAAAAUUAUUUACAUCCUUUUUACUCUCCUUAUAUUGAUAUCAUCAAUCAGCUCAAUAGGUUUUGCUGUGAAAACAAAGUACCAAAUGACAGACUGGUGGUAUUUACGAACUACUGGUGAUGAUCAUGAUCCAUUAUACAACCCUCGUAAGCCAACCUUAUCAGGGCUCAUACAUUUAAUCACUGCUCUUAUACUUUAUGGAUAUUUGAUACCCAUCUCAUUAUAUGUUUCCAUCGAGGUUGUUAAGGUUCUGCAAGCUUCCUUCAUUAACCAAGAUAUUAACAUGUAUUGUGAGGAGACUGGCAAUCCAGCUCGAGCUCGAACUUCAAAUUUGAACGAGGAGUUGGGUCAGGUAGACACAAUCCUAUCUGACAAAACAGGCACUUUGACUUGCAACCAGAUGGACUUUCUGAAAUGUUCCAUUGCUGGCACUGCAUAUGGUGUUAAAUCUAGUGAGGUUGAACUUGCAGCUGCAAGGCAGAUGGCAUAUGACUUGGAGGAGCAGGACGAAGAAUAUUCCGAUGUCCAAGGGAAAAAGAAUAGCCAACUGUCUCCAAUGCCAAAUAGCAGAGCAGGGUCCGAGAUCGAACUGGAGACUGUUAUUACUUCAAGUGAUGGCAAGGAUCCGAAGUCUGCUAUAAAGUAUUUUAGUUUUGAGGACAGCCGCCUAACAGGUGGAAACUGGUUGAAUGAACCCAAUCAUGAUGUUCUUCUAUUAUUCUUCCGAAUUUUAGCAAUUUGUCACACUGCAAUUCCCGAGCUGAAUGAGGAGACUGGUGUUUAUACAUAUGAGGCAGAGUCCCCGGAUGAAGGUGCUUUUCUUGUUGCAGCAAGAGAGUUUGGUUUUGAAUUUUGUAAGAGAACACAAUCAACUUUGGUUGUUCGUGAAAGAUAUCCUUCACCUGACCAAGUAAUCGAAAGGGAAUACAAAAUUUUGAAUCUUUUGGAUUUCACAAGCAAGAGAAAGAGAAUGUCUGUAAUCAUUAGGGACGAGGAGGGCCAGAUUCUUCUUCUCUGCAAAGGUGCCGAUAGUAUCAUCUUCGAUCGACUAUCAAAGAAUGGAAGAACAUAUGAGGAAGCAACCACAAGGCAUUUGAAUGAAUACGGAGAAGCAGGGCUGCGAACUCUGGCACUUGCUUAUAGAAAGCUUGAGGAGGCCGAAUAUAAUGCUUGGAACACUGAGUUUCAGAAGGCUAAGACGUCCAUUGGAGGAGAUAGAGAUGCAAUGCUCGAGCGAGUAUCCGACCUCAUGGAGCGAGAAUUAAUCCUUGUUGGUGCUACUGCUGUGGAGGACAAGUUACAGAAUGGGGUGCCCCAAUGCAUAGACAAACUUGCACAAGCUGGUCUUAAGAUCUGGGUUCUGACAGGAGAUAAGAUGGAAACUGCCAUCAACAUAGGAUAUGCAUGCAGUUUACUACGACAGGGAAUGAAGCGGAUCUGCAUAUCAACAACCUCAGAUUCUUUAGCACAGGAUGGUAAAGAGGCCAUGAAAGAAAAUAUUUUGAAUCAAAUCACCAAUGCCUCUCAAAUGAUCAAGCUGGAAAAUGAUCCACAUGCUGCAUUUGCUUUAAUCAUUGAUGGGAAGACUCUAACCUAUGCUCUCGAGGAUGAUAUGAAGCUUCAAUUCCUUGGACUCGCUGUUGAUUGUGCAUCAGUCAUUUGCUGUCGAGUCUCCCCCAAGCAGAAGGCACUGGUAACAAGGUUAGUGAAAGAAGGUACUGGGAAAACCACUUUAGCAAUUGGUGAUGGUGCAAACGAUGUAGGAAUGAUUCAAGAGGCCGAUAUUGGUGUCGGUAUCAGUGGGGUUGAAGGUAUGCAGGCUGUGAUGGCUAGUGAUUUCUCUAUUGCUCAAUUUCGGUUUCUUGAAAGGCUUCUGGUAGUCCAUGGUCAUUGGUGCUACAAGAGGAUAGCACAAAUGAUUUGCUAUUUCUUCUAUAAGAAUAUUGCAUUCGGAUUAACGCUAUUCUACUUCGAAGCAUAUGCGGGAUUUUCUGGGCAAUCAAUUUAUGAUGAUUUCUACAUGCUAUCAUUUAACGUCAUACUCACCUCAUUGCCUGUAAUUUCCCUUGGAGUUUUUGAGCAAGAUGUCUCUUCUGAGGUGUGCCUACAGUUCCCUGCACUGUAUCAGCAAGGACCUCGAAACUUGUUCUUUGACUGGCCUCGAAUUUUCGGAUGGAUGGGGAACGCUCUCUACUCAUCUCUAGUUACUUUUUUCCUCAAUCUCAUCAUCUUCUAUGACCAGGCAUUCCGCUCGGGUGGCCAAACAGCAGAUCUGACUGCCGUAGGAACUACCAUGUUUACUUGCAUCAUAUGGGCAGUAAAUUGCCAGAUUGCUCUCACAAUGAGCCAUUUCACCUGGAUCCAACACCUUCUCGUCUGGGGUAGUAUCGCCAUGUGGUAUUUGUUCAUCUUACUCUAUGGAAUGAUAAUAUCCUCUGGGAAUGCAUAUAAAAUCUUUGUCGAAGCACUAGGUCCUGCCCCUGUUUACUGGAUAGCCACAAUUUUAGUAACGAUUACCUGUAAUCUCCCAUAUCUUGCCCACAUAUCCUUCCAAAGAAGCUUCCAUCCAAUGGAUCAUCACAUUAUCCAAGAAAUCAAAUACUACAGAAAGGAUGUUGAAGAUACACACAUGUGGACAAGGGAAAGAUCAAAAGCAAGGCAAAAGACCAAGAUAGGAUUCACAGCAAGAGUAGAAGCAAAGAUCAGACAGUUGAAAGGAAGGCUGCAAAAGAAGCACUCUUCCCUUGGUGUGCCUCCAAAUGCUACUACUACUGCUAUAUCAUGAAAAUAUCUCCACCUAAAUCUUCAAAAUUUUUGGAUUUUUUUCCUAGAGUUUCCGGCCAUUUGAAUCUUUUUCUUUUCUUUUGAAAUUUUUUCCUUGUUAUGGCAAAUGGGUUAUUGCCACCCCAUUCGUUAUACCAAAAAAGAAUGUGCAUCCGGAGCUUAUGUAUGUAUCAUAACUUAAAAAAGAAUUUGAAAUGUUAAGAGCUUGUAGAAUAGCUGAUACCACCCUAAAAGCUUGCUGUUCCCAUUCUUUCCCCCCUUUGCUUUGUUUGUAUAUCCCCUUAUUCAUAUUCAGAGAUUCAAAACUGACUAUGUCACCUCAUUCAA